AUGGCGUACCCCGUCUCCUAUAGUGCGAACUUUACGCCUUUCGCGCAGCGCACCCAGCAGAUGAUCAAGGAGCAGCUGGGCCAAGCCGAAGACAAGACCCAGCUCCCCGAUGAAUACAUCGAGCUUGAGAAGCGCGUCGAUGCGCUGAAGCUUGUCCACCAGAAGCUGUUGCAGGUGACCUCGCAGUACUCCAACGAAGCCUACGACUACCCGCCCAACAUCCGCGAAUCCUUCAAUGACCUGGGCCGCACCAUCAACGAGAAGGUGCAGCUCCUGUCGCAGGCCGGAUCUCCCGCCGAGGCCCAGGCCGCGCUGACGGCGCCGCCGUCCGCCAAGCCGCAACCCAAGACCUUCAACCACGCGAUCGCGCGCGCCUCGCUCGCCGGAUCGCAGACCCUGGUACAGAGCGUCGAGGGUGAGGACCCUCUCGCCACUGCGCUGGAGAAGUAUGCCCUGGCCGAGGAGAAGGUCGGCGAGGCUCGCCUGUCCCAGGACGCGCAGAUCCAGUCUCGCUUCCUGGCCGGCUGGAACACUACCCUCAACACCAACCUGAUGUUCGCCGCCAAGGCCCGCAAGAACGUUGAGAAUGCCCGUCUGAUGCUUGACUCGGUCAAGGCGAGCAAGAAAGCUGCCGCCCACGGUGACCUUGACAACCUGGGCGAGGAGGCCCGCGCUGAGAUCGAGCAGGCUGAGGAUGAGUUUGUCGGCCAGACUGAGGAGGCCGUGAGCGUGAUGAAGAAUGUCCUUGAUACCCCCGAGCCCCUGCGCAACCUUGCCGACCUGAUCGCCGCCCAACUCGAGUUCCACAAGAAGGCCUACGAGAUCCUCAGCGAGCUUGCCCCGACUGUGGAUGCACUGCAGGUCGAGCAGGAGGCCAGCUACCGCAAGAGCCGUGAAGGCGCAUAA